AUGGCGGAGUCCUCGGCUGCCGGCUGCCAGCUACCAGGCCAUCACGUCAGCACUCAGGAAAGGGAAAGCAAGGAAAGGGAAAGCAAGGAAAGGGAAAGCAAGGAAAGGGAAAGCAAGGAAAGGGAAAGCAAGGAAAGGGAAAGCAAGGAAAGGGAAAGCAAGGAAAGGGAAAGCAAGGAAAGGGAAAGCAAGGAAAGGGAAAGCAAGGAAAGGGAAAGCAAGGAAAGGGAAAGCAAGGAAAGGGAAAGCAAGGAAAGGGAAAGCAAGGAAAGGGAAAGCAAGGAAAGGGAAAGCAAGGAAAGGGAAAGCAAGGAAAGGGAAAGCAAGGAAAGGGAAAGCAAGGAAAGGGAAAGCAAGGAAAGGGAAAGCAAGGAAAGGGAAAGCAAGGAAAGGGAAAGCAAGGAAAGGGAAAGCAAGGAAAGGGAAAGCAAGGAAAGGGAAAGCAAGGAAAGGGAAAGCAAGGAAAGGGAAAGCAAGGAAAGGGAAAGCAAGGAAAGGGAAAGCAAGGAAAGGGAAAGCAAGGAAAGGGAAAGCAAGGAAAGGGAAAGCAAGGAAAGGGAAAGCAAGGAAAGGGAAAGCAAGGAAAGGGAAAGGAAGGAAAGGGAAAGGAAGGAAAGGGAAAGGAAGGAAAGGGAAAGGAAGGAAAGGGAAAGGAAGGAAAGGGAAAGGAAGGAAAGGGAAAGGAAGGAAAGGGAAAGGAAGGAAAGGGAAAGGAAGGAAAGGGAAAGGAAGGAAAGGGAAAGGAAGGAAAGGGAAAGGAAGGAAAGGGAAAGGAAGGAAAGGGAAAGGAAGGAAAGGGAAAGGAAGGAAAGGGAAAGGAAGGAAAGGGAA